AUGACAUUAUUAUUGAUAAUAAAUAUUUUCUUCUCAAUAUUAUUUUCAAAUACAAUUCUAUUACCAUUACCAUUCAAUCAGUAUGCUUAUAUGCUUGCACGAGAAAGAAUUAAACAACAUGAUAGAAGUGUACAAGCUCAAAAUCGUCUAAAUUCAAACGAGAAAAUUGUUAAUUUAUAUUUAGAAUUGUUACAAGCUAACGAAUAUGUUAAUACUAAAGAUUAUUUUUAUCCAUCACGUCCAAUUGAGACAGAAAUUAAAAAUAUAACAAAUAGUGUACUGUAUCAUUUCUUAAAAUUGUUACCUAAAGGUGGAAAUCUUCAUCUACAUGAAUUUCAAGUUCUUGAUCGUGAAUUAUUACUUGAGUCUAUAAAAAAUUCUGCUGAAUAUGAUUUAUUAUAUAUUUGUGAUCAAAAUGAUUGUAUCACAAAUAAAUAUUAUCUAAGAUAUUUUAAAGGAAACAUUUCUUCUGGUUGGACCAAAGUCAAAGACUCAAAUUGGACUAUAUCAGAAAUUGUCAAGAAAACAACUUUGAUUGGAAUUUUAAAUGAUCUUAAACCACCAAUAUAUUCUACUGAUACCAAAGCUCGAUGGAAUUUAGCUAAUCAAUAUGGAGUUUUUCAAUUUUAUGGAGAUUUAGUACGAUAUAAUGUUACAAGAUUUAAUUAUAUGAAAUUAGUUUUAGAUCAUGCACUUCAAGAAAAUAUUCAAUUACUAGAAUUUCGACGUGGAUUUUUCGAAAAUUUAUUUUAUUUUAAUGAAGCCGGUUUGAGAAUACCGAUAAAUGCUACUGAAGAACUAGAUUUACUAUUGAGAUUCAAAGAAGAUUAUAAAUUGAAAAAUCCUAAAUUAAUUGAUUUCACAUUUAUAAUUAAUAGUCAAAGGAGUUCGUCAAAAGAACAAAUCAAAACUCAUCUUAGUAAUCUAAUUGACCUUCAACGUUUAUAUCCAGAUUUUAUUCGUGGAUAUGAUAUGGUUGGCGAGGAAGAUCAAGGUCAUACAAUUUUAUUUCACAGUGAAAGUCUUAUGAAUGCAUUUAAUUAUUCAAAGACAACGAAUGGAUCAUUUAAUUUUAUUUUUCAUGCUGGUGAAACUAAUUGGCCUGAAAGUCAUAUUGUAUCAAACUAUGGUGAUAGUGUAUCAACAUUUGAAAAUAUUUAUGAUGCACUUGUACUUCGAACUCGUCGCAUUGGCCACGGACUUAGUUUAGCUAAACGUCCAGAUAUGUAUGAAUAUAUUCGUGACAAACAUAUAGCAAUUGAAAUUUGCCCAGCAAGUAAUCAGCUAUUAGGUUAUGUUGCUGAUCUUCGAAAUCAUCCCGGUAUAGUUUAUCAUCGAAGUGGAAUUCCAAUUGUAUUAUCUGGUGAUGAUCCAGGAAGUUUUGGUUAUAACGAAUUAACAAUAGAUUAUUAUUUAGCAACAAUGGCAUGGGGUUUAAAUCUUGCUGAUUUGAAACAAUUUGCCUGGAAUUCUAUUCAAUAUAGUUCACUUUCCGAUAAUAGAAAACUAGAAGGAUUUCAAAAGUGGGAAAAUCAAUGGAGUUCAUUUAUUGAUUCUUCAUAUAGAUUAGCAUGCAGUCAAACAUUUCCAAAUACAAUUAUAAAUAUAUCUCAUAUAUUACCUUCAUAUGGUCCACAUGAUCAAUCUGUUAAUGUAACACUCUUUGGAUCAGGCUUUGAAAUAGCAAUAUGUAAAAAGAUUAUUUGUAAAUUUGGUGAAAAAGAAGCACAAGGAAUAUUUAUUGAUUUAAACGAAAUUAUUUGUUCAAUACCUUCAAACAGUAAUGAUCUUUUAACGGUACCGAUUUCAAUUGUUAUUGAUAAUGAGACUUUAGAAUCAGGAUUUAAUUAUACAUUUGUCUCGUCAUUACUAGUUAUCGAUGAUGGAACUUUAACUAUAACCAAUUCAUCAAAAAGUGGUAAAUCUUCGAUAAUCAAUCAAAAUUUGAUUUUAUUUUCCCUCGUAUUACUUUUAACAUUCAUCAUAUAG